CCGGUGCUAGGCCCGGCCCAGCGCUAGGCCCGGCCCGGCGCGGCGCGGCAGGCGCUGCGCAGAGCAGAGCCUGGCUCCCCGGGGCGGCUGGCGGAAGUCCGGAGGGCGGCGGCGCCAUGCCCGGUCCGGCAGCGCCGGGGGCAGCGGCGGCGGGGCCCGGCCCCGACCCGGAGGAGAGCUACGACUUCCUCUUCAAGCUGGUGCUCAUCGGGGACGCCAGCGUGGGCAAGACGUGCCUCGUACAGCGCUUCAAAACCGGGGCCUUCUCUGAGCGCCAGGGCAGCACCAUCGGCGUGGACUUCACCAUGAAAAGCCUGGAGAUCCAGGGCAAGCGGGUGAAGUUGCAGAUCUGGGACACGGCUGGCCAGGAGAGAUUCCGAACUAUCACACAGAGUUACUACCGCAGCGCCAAUGGAGCAAUCCUAGCCUAUGACAUCAGCAAGAGAGGCUCUUUCCUGUCCAUUCCUCGCUGGAUCGAGGAUGUGAGGAAGUAUGCCGGUUCCAACAUAGUACAAUUACUGAUUGGAAACAAGUCUGACCUAAGUGGCCUUCGAGAGGUUCAGCUGGAAGAAGCUCAGAGUCUGGCUGAACACUAUGAUAAUAUCAUCUGUGCCAUAGAGACCUCUGCGAAAGACUCCAGCAAUGUGGAGGAGGCUUUUGUGAAGAUGGCUACAGAGCUCAUGAUGAGGCAUGGAGGCCCUAUGUUUAGUGAGAAGAAUACUGACAGCAUCAAGCUUGACAGCAAAGACGUUGUAGAAGGCUGGGGGUGUGGUUGCUGAUAUGAGCUAGGUGAUAUCCCUAACUUUACUGGAAUUUAGAUGGUGCUUCACCUAAUGCAGAGUAGCAUGGUAGCCAUAUUCUCCUCCUCCUGUGAAACCAGCAAUUUUGUAGAAGUUAGACACAAUCCUGUUUGCUUUGGUGUCUUAUUUUUAAAAAAGGGACUCUUGAGAGGCAGUCCUAAAAGUCAAGCCCUCUGAAAAACUUACUCAACAUUUGUCCUCACCAUUUUCUUUUCUGUAACCUUUACACAAGUUACAAAAGCAGAGGAAAAAACUUUGAACUGGUGAUGUGGGUGGGGAGGCAGAUGGUUGGGGAAGAGAUUGAUGCAUACCCAAAGUUCUGAAGAUGUAGCAUGGAACUGUCAGCAAAGGAGGUCACUUGUGGAAUAGGCAAUCUUGACAGUGUCUCUUUAAAUCCUCAGCACUCCACCAAUGACCAGAAAGUGACAGUGUCUUUGAUAAUGGUAUUUCAAGUGUCAGAUGACCCAGUGUUUUGCUUACAGGACCAAAUAGCAAUCACCUGUCCUAUGGCAUAUGGAUUGCUAGUUAGUAUUGGAACGGGAGUUGGGGGGGAGCCUUUUCUCAGGUUUCAUUAUUUUUUUUUAAGUUAUCAUUUAACAAAAAGCAAAAUCAACCUGAGCAAUAUCACAUGACUUGCUGUCAAGCAGGAUUGGACCAGUGUAGCAGUUAUACUGCCUUGAGAAGAGGGUAGAUGCAUUUCAUUUGUUAUUGUUUGAACAGUGAUAGCUCCCUUUUCCAAGUGGGUAUCAUUGAGUUUUUGCCCUCAGGUCUCUCAAUUUCAUUCCAUAACUCAAGACCUGCACCACUGGAAAGAGGAACUAGAGAAACCUUGAACUGACUGGUAGCCAUGAUCUCCUGCCAUGUGCCUAAUGGUCAUAUACAGGGUUAAUUCUGGUCAUACAUUUGACAUUAUGUUACCAGAAUGUUUAUUGCUUAAGUGGCAUAUGUGGAUUUUGUUUUUGUUUUGGGAUUUUUUUUUUUAGACCAUCUCUUUAAGUACAAUCUGGGCAUGUAACAGGAAAGAAGACCUCAGAAUAGCUGAAAACUGCAUGCAUUGCAACUUCUUGGUUGUAAGAAACCAGCAUCUUUUCAAGUGAUUCCUUCCCAACUUUGUACUCAACUGCUUCCCUUUCCCUGUCACAAGUUACCAAUUGAUUUUCAUUUCUUGAAAACACUCAGCUGGAAAAUCUUUCAUUGUUGAUCAAAAGUCUACACUCUUAAGUAGAAGAGAUUUCAUAAUUCAACUACAUAUAGUUGUCUUUCAGAUUCAGCUCUGUGUUGUACGUUGUAGAUGCAGUUGAAGUACUGAUGGCAGCGGUCCUCUCUGCACUUACACUCUCAAGCACCUUACAAAAAUGGAUUUGCAAAGGGAGCAGAAGCAGGAUUAUUUUUAACCCUGCAGUCAAAGCAAAGGUGUUCAGAGGUGACAAGUGAUUUUUGCAAUCCUGAUACUCUGAAGGAGUUCAUUUUCAGAAAGCACCCACUUAAAGUGAAGUCACUUGUCCCUUUUGAAAAUCUUGAUCAAAAAGGUGUUGAAUUGGUUUGCUACGAGGGCUACACCAAUUUUUAGCCAUUCAAUAUAUCCAGUAUGAAAAUCAGGAAGAUUUAAGAAAGGGCUAGUGGAUCCUGAUUUCAAUAGUAUUCACCUACCUACAGAAAAUACUAAACCAUUCUCUGGUCUGUUGGGUUUUUUUUAAACUAUGAGGUAGAUAAUUGAGGAGUUACGUAUGCUUUGUAGCCUGUUUGCUUCUAAUCUAAGGCAUUAGUUUUCAAGUUUCAUAGUUGUAAGAGCAAAAGGGCCUUACAUUUUUCAAUUAGUAUAGUUUUCACAAUUCUAAUGUUUUAUAUGGAAGGGCAGGUUGAGCUGCAAUACUCAGUAGUAUUUUUGGAUAGUUCUCCAGAACAUUCUCAGCUCUCCUACAUCCACAGAUAACAGGCAGUAAGAGUCCAGCAGUGGCUGGACUCUGAAAAUGAGAAUUGUCCAAACUCUAGAUUUGUUAGUGAUCAGUGAACCCGCUAUUCCACUCCUGGGAGAAACUAUGAAGACCGUCCAAGCUAAUACUCAGUCCUGAUGACUGCUUUUCCUCCUGGUUAGAUGGUCCUUAAGAUACAGAAUACUAGCAAGCAUUUGAGUUUAUGUCACAACAUAGUGUAGUUUAAGUCUGUAGGUCAUAGUCCUGCAGUUCUGCAUGCUUAAAUGUGGACCCUCAGAUAAGCUCAGCACCUAACUAUUUGCAGAAUUAGUGCCAAAUUAUUUAAGCUGUACCAAUAGAAAUUCACACACAUUUAAAAACAGUAUUGCUGCUACUCAUUGAAAUCAGUAGUUUACAUUGUAACUUGUCUUAAAACUAGAGCAAGAUGCAAAAUGAACAUAAAUUCUGCUUCCAAUGCAGUCAGUGAAUGAUUGUGUUUUUACAGUAGGUGGAGAACUGAGGAAUUACCCAUCCAUUUCCUUAGUUUUGAGGUUUGUUUAGUAAACAAGUAGAAUCAGAGCAAACGCUAUACUUUUCCUUACAAUUUGCCCCCUUAUAUCUCUUUAGCUAGUCUUGAAGGUUGAGAUUCUGCAGGUUAGUCUGUUUCAGUCAGAAAAUGUGAAAUACAGCAUUGGUGAUUUGGUUGCUGUGUUUUCAAAUGAAGGCAACAAUUCAGAUUAGUUUUCAUUUUGCUGUAGAAAACUGUGUGCUGAUUUUGGUUGGGAUAGAGUUAAUUCUCUUUACUGCAGCUGGUAAAGCACACUAUGGCUUUGUCUUCUGACUCUUGGCCUUUCUAUGCUGUAACAAGUGUAAUGCAAGUUUGCAUGCCCUACCUAACUGAACAAAAGGGAACAAAGACUGAAGACCUGGUUUAUUUUUUUGGGUUAGUAGGAAAUAUGAAUGACUGCUUGGGCUGUCAGUAGAGAAAGGUUAUUUCAAUUACCAAACCCUUUCUUUGUCUAGUAGUAAUAGCACAAUACUCCCAAGACUGAUAGCUUCUUGACCAGAAUUAAACAGUAAAUGUAACUUAGAACUUUUCACUCCCCUUCUGAAGACUUUUAUCAAAUCUGUAAUUCACACACAAAGCUAUUUAAUUCAAGUAUUAGGAAGACAGUCCUGUUGGUUUAAUUCCAUUAAUCCUAUUGAAACCAAAAGAAUACCUGGGUGAAGAGAGUAAGUAGCGAUAAACCUGAGAUUUACGGGUAAAAUGUCAGUUUCAAACCUCAGGUUACAAAUGUGCACUGAUCUACAUCAAGUGAAUAGUUCAGUAGUGCAUGAUCAGAGUUCACAGCAUAAACAUUUGCCAAGAAACCUGUUUACUGGCAAUUGAGCAUUAACAAGACUAUGGUGCAGUAAUUGCUAUUAAGCAGAUCUCCUUGGCUGACCAUGUAUUUGCAUUAGUAUUUAUCUUUUUUUUUUUUUUUUGGCAGUACCCAAAGUAUGCAAAACAUUACAAAAACACAGAAAGGGACGUUGAUCCCUGCCUCGUAACACUUAGGAGUGGAAUGCAGAGGCAAAUACUGAAAUGAAAUCAUCAGCAGAAUGUGGUUCCCAGGAGUGUAGGCAUUGUUACCCUUUGUAUUGAUUUUGAGUUAAGCUAAUUUUCUCUCUAGUUACUCAUCCAGUCCAUCAUCGUGGAUGGAACUUGCACAAAUAUUUAUAAUUAUGUAAAUAUAAUACCAAAUAAAUGUCAGCCCAGAAACCUGCUAACACUUGCUUUGCAAAACAAAUUUUUUUAAAAAUGAAUAUACUUAAGAACAGAGGAAAAGUCCUAAUGAUUUUAUCACCCUCACUGUACUGGAAAGCACAUCACUUUUGGUGGGGUGGGGGGAAACUACAAAACUAAAUGAAGCUCAGCUAACACUGCACAGAGUUUUAAAAACUUUAUGAAAAGCGAAGCUCUUGCUCAGUUUUUUCUUUGCCUUUAAAGAUCAUAUUUAUUUGAAUAAUAGAGCUGAUUGUCAUGUGCAAUAUACAUGCAUUACUGCAGUAGUACAGUACGGUAUGUACACAUGCACACAGUAACACCUUUAAAUAAUAUUAAAGCCUUUCCUUGAUUUGCCCCAUUACGAGUUACACCUCUGUUAUUUAAUCUCAUAGUCCCAGCCAGUUGACUGUUUGAAUAUCUUUUGCCAUCUCAUGCCAGUCCUGAGGGAACUGGGAGGUAGUAACAUUAUUAGUUUCUCAUCAUAGGAUUGUUUUACUCAAUGUUGCAAUGAGAGUCUCUUUAAAUCAAGAUGAUUUUGUAUGUUAUUUCAUUAAUAGAAAUUGUUUAUCUUUACCUAUCCUGCUUCCAAAACAUUUAUCUAUUAACAGACCACUGAAGUUUUACCCUAUUGCAUUAUUUUGGGAGAACAGUGUCCUGGAGGAAAAUGAAGUAAGAACAAAACAGAAAAAUAAAGUUACUCUCCUUUUGGUAACUUCCAGCCUUGGAGAGUGCUCAGUUUAACCCGUCAGGCAUUCUCUGUGGACACCUCACAGCAACAAACCAGGUUUUUGGCGGUGUGCAACUAGCAAACAGGGAAAAUCCAAGGAAAUAGUUACAUUUAAUUACAGUUGAAUGAAGCGUAGUGACUUCAGAGUCACAGAGCAGAGUCCUUUAUAAUUGGGCUGUUCUCAGAUUUGACAAUUCUUUUCCAUGCUGUAAGAAGGAAUUAAUGGAUUUGGGAAAUACUGUCUUAGUUUUAUUUUUGUAGUAUGUUUUGGUGCUGAUUUUUCACUGAGAUUUCAGUUAGAGAAUCAGCCUCCUGGGUAUUUUAGUUUUUACUGGCCAGGUGAUGUUACAUUUCUUUUAACUCAAUUGAAUUGGGUUUUAGAGCUAUUUGAAGCAGCAAAAAAUCUCAGAUGGAAGCAUGUAAUUAUAAUCCCCACUACGCACUUUAGGAAAAAAAACCCAAACUAUUUCACAACUAGAUGUUCUGACUUUCAGCAGAAGUUUAGCCCUCUGCUUUUUUUUAUUAUUUCAUUUUAGUUUACUUGGAAAAGAGCAGGGUUACAGAAUCAAAACAAACCAACCCACCCAAACGUAUAUUUGCUGUCCAUGGAAUUGUUGCCAGAGGUUAGAUAAAAAUAGCCAGCAUACCCUCCUGUCCUGAUCUUAGAUGGCAUUUUUUUAACAUGACUGAAAAAUAUUAAAAUGCACUUUAAAAAGAAUUCUUUGAAGCACAAAAGGCUUGUGAUUUUUUUUCACUCUUUUUUUUAACAAGGGUUUCUAUUACUUGAAUACUGAUAAAGGCAGUUACCUGUAUUAUGUUUGCAACUUCAGGCAUCAUUUAAGACAGACUGUCAACAAAUGCCUUGUUUUUCCGUAUGAGUCAGCAGCCAGCGGAACAAGGGAACACAAUAACUUCACAAGAAUGGGAAAAGUAAAACCUGGGAAGAUUUUCUAUUUAGUCUGAUUAAAUGUGCUAGGUUUAAUCAAUACUUACUCAGGUCAAAGAAAAUGCUUUCUUUCCCAAAGGUAAAAUAAUACACUACACAAAUAGUUAUGGGUUUUCCUGUUAGCUUUUUGUACAACAGAAAUUUGACAGAAGAUGAGUGGACUGCUAAACUAGUUAAGUGUAUGGUGACAGCAUAGUGUAACAUUUAGAGAGCUAUUAAAUUGGCUUAAACCUGUAUUUAGAACCUCUUCCUUCCAUUAUGAGCUAAAAAGUAUGUCUCUCUCCCCCAGGAGACCAUUUGAAAACCCUUAGAAGAUCCAAGAUCGUACCUUGAUAAAAAUUUAUUCAGGCUCUCUUCAUCAUUGAAGAAAUCACUGUCCAUGUUUCUUUUGCAAGAUACUUUUAGACUUUGGUUAAGUUAUUUCCAAUUUGAUUAUCCAGCUGAACUGCUGACUGAGUUCUACUGACUUUCAACCUCAAAUUUAACAGAAAACUAAGGAUUAAUCUUCAUAUUACAAAGCACUGAAGGGUCACGAGAUAAAAUAUAACCAACAGGUUUUUGCACAUGUAUGCUCCUGUGACAGUUACUUAAUAUCUGUUACUUACGUUUAUAAUACACUGUACUCUGAAAUCAGUCAAGUCCAGCUUUGCGAUCAUACACCUGAGUAGGUAGUGUAGGUUAGGCUAAGGUAUUAGGUAAGUACAGCAGCUUCACAAAGCUACUUCUGUUUAAGCCACUUCUGUCUAAGGUUUACCUAGCCCAUUCAAAAUUUGCUAUUACAGCUAAAUUACAAAUUAACUAUUUUCUUUUACCUUAGUCAUAAACAUAACAUUUUAAAAAAUCGUACAUCUAUAUCUUUCAAUUUUAAAGCCUAGACUAGGAUACUAAGAACAGUAGUCACUUGUUUUAAGCUUUUGUAAGAACAUAUACCUCAUCGUUGACUGCUCUGUAGAAGUUUAAACCUUAAUUCCCCCAUAAAAUCACUCAGACAUCUUAAAGUACACACUACUCAGAUGUAAUAGCUAGCUAAAAGGAUCCAAGUUUCUGUAAACUUUAGCUUAGAGAAAGUACCUUACAUAUGACCAAAAUUGUGGCAAGCUAGCAGUUAUGAUUUCUAAUUCUUCAAUACAUAAAAAAAAAAAACCCUUAUGACACAAAGAGUAUUUUCUCCAGAUAAAAGCAGAGGAAAACAUUAAAUGGGAGACUCUAUUUCCUUAGAAAUUCUUUUUAAGGCACCUGACCAACACAAUCUGUAUACUUCCAAAAGCCAGGCUCUUUUCAGUAACUGCUAGGUAACAUCCUAUUACACUGCACUGGGCUGUAGAACACGCAGUGAUCAACACCCGUUUUUUCUGCAGUAAAUUCUGUGAGCGUUACAGACUUGUGAAGAUGUGAGGGAGUGAUUUUGGGUAUCUAAACUAUUGUGCAUGAAAAGAAUGGUAGGAAGGACUGUCCUUUGAACACAGCAUGCAAACUUGUCUUGACAAUCUGAAGGUACAAUCUGAAGGAGCUGAGUUUUCAGAGCCAUUAAAGCCGCAGACAGAUGCCUACCAAUAUAUUCAAAAGCAUCUAGUUACCAUUGGAAAAAAGCACAGCAGUUGUGUGGAACUGGUUUUGCACUAAAGAAAAAUAGUUAGCAGAAAAAAAAUACAUUAAUGAGAAAGGUAGAGCAUCCUGAUUAUUCUGUAUUUUUCAUGUUCAUUCCCUAUUUCAAUGAUGUAAGUAAGCAUUUGUUCCCUUUAUAAAUGGUAUUAAAAUAGAUUAUUUUAAGUGUGAAAAGUAGUUUGGUACCUGACAGAAUAAAAUGCUAUAUUGCUGUAUACAUUUUCUUAAGAGAGUGGUAACGUUGAUGAGGAGAAUAACUUUGGUAAUACAUUUUGGAGGUGUAACAAUAGGGAUUCACCAGUUAGAGCGAAGGUGAAGUGUUGGCAUGGUGCUCCAUAUGCCCACCAUUUCAAGACCAGGGGAAGCCAACGGAUGAGAUCAGACACUGUCCUGCUUGCCAGACUAAAGUAGAUACAGACGUAUACUGAGCAGAAGGUGAAUUUAGUUAUUUGUAACAGUUUCUAAAGAUUUCUAUUUUAUAAGAUUUUUGAUAGUCACAUAUGCUCAGUGCUGUCAACCAGCUUUUCCCUCUUUUGUGCCUCACUCACUGGUAUCUGACAGAUAUAAAACCCACAACUCCAGCGACUAAAUAGCAUUCAGGUGAAUCUGGCUCACAUACCUGUUGGGGAGAAAAUAAAAAUCUCUAAUUCAUACUGAAUUCAUUUGCUGCAUUCCAAAAUUAUUUGAGGGGUUUGGAUUAUAACUGUUAAAAUUAUUCUGCAUUUUCUAGGACAAAUUUGUUGCUGUUUUUCAAGGUUUCUUCCAGAGAUGCAGGCUCUACAUUUCUAAUCAUCAGUAACUACUUAGCUUUUAAACUUUCUUAUCACAAUACUGACUAGAUCAUUUGGAAUAUGAGGAGACAAGGGAGCAAGCUUGCAUACUACAGUAAUUUUUUAUACUUUACCUUCAUCUAUUUAUGAAUUUAUUAUGAAAAAUAUUUUUAAACAUAUGAAACCUGCUUUUUGUUGUGAAUUUUAGUAAAGUAGUGGAUACAUUGUACUGUGUAUCAUUAAAAAGGUUUAAUUAAACAUUUGGCAAUUAA